AACGAAGAACUCUCUAGAAACACUUGAAAGGAAUAUAAACCCUUUCACUUCACACACUCUCUCUCUCAACUUUUGAAAAUCAAUCUCCGGUUAGUUAAAUUAAAUCUGUCUUAGGCGAUUUCAGUUUUUGCUUAAAGAAAUGGAUGAUGAUUUUGAUAUCCCGGCAGCUGAAGAUUUCCAAGAUGAUUUUCCUGAUGAAAAUCCAGCUCUGAAAGUAGGCGAAGAAAAAGAAAUUGGAAAUCAAGGGUUGAAGAAAAAGCUGAUUAAAGAAGGUCAAGGUUGGGAUACUCCUGACAAUGGUGAUGAAGUUGAAGUUAAUUAUACUGGGACUUUAUUGAAUGGAACUCAAUUUGAUUCGAGUCGUGACCGAGGAACACCGUUUAAGUUCAAGCUCGGGCAAGGCCAAGUUAUCAAGGGAUGGGAUCUCGGUAUCAAGACAAUGAAGAAGGGAGAGAAUGCAAUUUUCACCAUCCCGGCUGAGCUAGCAUAUGGCGAAGCUGGUUCUCCUCCAACAAUUCCUCCUAAUGCCACCCUUCAGUUCGACGUGGAGCUACUCUCCUGGUCUAGUGUGAAGGACAUUUGCAAAGAUGGAGGCAUUGUCAAGAAGGUUCUAACUGAAGGGGAGAAAUGGGAAAAUCCCAAAGAUCUAGAUGAAGUUCUUGUCAAUUAUGAGGCUCGACUUGAGGACGGGAGUGUGGUUUCCCAAUCCGAAGGAGUUGAAUUUGUUGUCAGAGAUGGUUUGUCUCCACCCUUUCUCAAACUUUCUCAAUGUAGUAUGGUGACGUUUUUUAUAUUUUCUCAAGCUGUAUCAUCUAUUUUAAUAAAACUUGUUUUAUAUUCAGGGUAUUUCUGUCCUGCUUUGGAGAAGGCUGUCAGAACAAUGAAAAAGAAGGAGAAGGUUCUCUUGACAGUGAAGCCCCAAUAUGGAUUUGGAGAGAAAGGCAGGCCAGCCUCUGGUCAGGAGGCAGCUGUUCCACCAAAUGCGACUCUUCUCAUUUCUCUAGAGUUGCUCUCCUGGAAGAUCGUGACAGAAGUAACUCCUGAUAAGAAAGUCGUAAAGAAGAUUCUUAAAGAUGGAGAGGGGUAUGAGAAACCUAAUGAUGGAACUGUUGCUAAAGUGAAGUUAAUCGGGAAGCUUCAAGAUGGAACGAUAUUUUUGAAAACGGGCCAUGAUGCGGAAGAGCCAUUCGAGUUCAAGACAGAUAACGAUGAAGUCAUCGAAGGACUUGAUAGAGCUGUAAUGACUAUGAAAAAGGGUGAGGUUGCACUUGUGACUAUUGAACCUGAAUAUGCUUUUGGCUCUUCAGAGUCUCAGCAAGAGCUCGCUGUUGUUCCUCCUGGCUCAACUGUCUAUUAUGAAGUUGAGCUUGUAUCUUUCGUUAAGGACAAGGAAUCGUGGGACAUGGACAAUGGUGAGAAGAUUGUGGCUGCUGGCAGAAAGAAGGAAGAAGGUAAUGCGCUGUUCAAGGCUGGUAAAUACGCAAGAGCCUCUAAGAGAUACGAGAAGGCUGCAAAAUUCAUCGAGUACGAUUCUCCUUUUAGUGAGGAGGAGAAAAGGGAGGCUAAGACUCUCAAGGUCAGUUGCAACCUUAACAAUGCAGCCUGCAAGCUGAAACUUAAAAGCUACAAGGAGGCAGAGAAGUUGUGCACAAAGGUGCUGGAGAUUGAAAGUCGGAAUGUGAAGGCACUUUACAGACGGGCCCAAGCUUAUAUCAACCUGGUUGAUUUUGAUCUAGCUGAGCUUGAUAUUAAGAAGGCUCUUGAGAUUGACCCUAAUAACAGGGAUGUGAAGAUGGAAUACAAAGUACUGAAAGAGAAGGUCAAGGAGUACAACAAGAAGGAUGCUAAGUUUUUUGGAAACAUUUUUGCAAAAAUGAGCAAGUUAGAUCCUCUUGACACAAGCAAAGCCAAGCAGGAAGCUGAACCUAUGAAUGUUGACAGCACGGCUUGAUGGGAUUGGAAAGGGUUUAUGUCAACAGUAGAGAGAGUUGCUACAACUUGCAUCUCUUGUACGUUCGGAAAGGAUGAAUUGUUCGGAGUGCUUUAUAUUUUAUUGUUCUUAACUGGUGUUUCCGCUGUGUUCUCUUUUUUUAGUGUCUUCUCUGUAGAACGAAGGCUAAAUGUUAGAAAGGUCAUCUCAACCUAACAGAAUAAAAAAUCUUUUCACAAAAUUAAUCCUCCUAGUUCAGAAUG